UGUCUUGAUGCAGCUUGCCUGCUCUUCACUGUGUCUGUAGCCACAAAAUAUCUAUAUAUGACCUAAGAAAGGGACUCAAUUCAAAUGCUGUGGAUUUUUCCCUCGGGGGAUGUUAUACUUACCGGGAACUAUCUCUCAACUUAAAUUACCGACCGCCAGCUGAUAUCUACCAGUCGGCGGGACGAUAAGGAGGCAGACAAGACUGAUGGCUGAUGAUAUCCUGAUUUCAGACAGUCCCUGCAGGCCGGCUGUCAUAGCAACCGGUGGACAACAACUGCACAAUACCAGCCAAGAAAGUGAGGAGAGUGUGUCCUAUGCUCAGCCUGUUCCACGUGGUGUACCUCGGAGGUGCACCUUGGAUGUCUGCGGACAUCUGAGAGGAAAUCAGAGCGAGGUCGGCAUCGCCAAGAGGGUCAGACCACCAUCAUGUUGCCCAGCUACCACCGUCAUUACUCUCGUUCAAAAACAUCGAAGACAGUGCUUCGAAUAAACUACUGUUUGAUGUUCGUCUGCUUGACUGUGGUCUUUAUCUACGUGAUGACACUGUUGUAUCUACACAAAGUUUUUCGAUGGCCGGCGCUGGAUAGUUUCAGACAAGCACUGCAGUCAGAUGGAACUGAGAGGGACUUUCCUUUCUGUGUUCAAAAGUCGAUGUGGACAGAUAAAGACCGUUUCUCUUUAGAGAAAGAAUUUGAGUACAGGAUGAAAAGAGACAGCAAGGGUGAGAGGAUGAUUUGCUUCAACUCCCUUGACUGGAUUCCUGUAGUCAUUGAAAAAAGGUCUGAGCAGCUGCUAGCCAGGCUUCCUCGUGAUGAUGACCAGGUACAGAAUCUCACGGAUUCUGCUAGAAGACUUUCCAAGAACGAUGCAAAGGUCUUUCAGCCAGGUUCGAGUUUAAAACUGUUUGCUGACUCAGAAAGUUCUUCGAUUUCGUCGUCUGGUCAAGACUCUUUUCCGACUCGGCUGUUGCAUCCCAUGGUGUAUCUCUGUGCCAGGGACAACAAUCAGCAAACAGCCUCUACUUUUGUCAAGUGGACUGCUCCUGAUGGGGAAACGACUUACCUGAAGUCUGUGCAGCUGAAUGGGAGAGAGAUGCGUUAAGAGUCACGCGAUCUGGUUACUAUUUUGUCAACAGUCACCUGGAGUUCAAUACAUCGAUCACUCAUGAGCCAACACACUACCUUCGCAGGGUCAGGAGAGGUACUCAACAAAACCCUAGUGAGGUCCAGUGUGCUCAGCAAAAUCUGGGUCCAUGUCUCUAGUGCAGGGUGUAUUUGAGCUAGUUGAAAAUGACACACUCAGUGUGGGCACUCACAGCUCAGUCCACCUCAUGCCUAGCACAUGCAUCAGUCUCUUCCUUAUUUGACAGCAAGACUAUUUUUAACAUCUGGUUUUAAAGCAAACAAUUAUAAGUGUUUUCUUCUUCUUUGUGUCAUGGAAUUAAAAUCUGAAAUGUUUAUUCUCUAACAGUCAUAAAAUCUACUAUCCUUCUAAACUCAUUAACCUAUUGUUCCUUGCCUAAAGUGUUCUAUGAGCAUAACUUUUAUGUCAGUACACAAACAGUUAUAAAAAGCCAUUAUAAGAUAUAUAUAGUAUCACUACCGUCCAUUUGUUUUGGUACUACCUCUGAUGGUGUAUAUUUUCUUUCCAACCGCCUAAUAUUCAUGUCAACCUUACUAUAUAGAUACAUCAUUAUCACCAUGAGAUUUCUGCAAGUAUUCCCUAAAUAAAUACAGAUGUUCCCCUUUCAUCACAUUUUUCUUAACAUAUGAACUUUUCCGUUUUUGUCUCUUCGGUUUUAUGUUGCCACUAUAAAGGUUCAUAUUUCUUUCACACUGCCAUCAAUACCAUUAUAAUAAUAACCUAACAAACCUGAUCAUGUCACCUUUAGUACCCUUCUACAUAACAUUUCCAGGUCUUUUUCUGGAACAGAUAUUAUUAUUGCUAAACGGCCACUAAUUUAUUCAAGUAGUGAUGCACACCAGGCAAGAAUAUCACAGUCUUGAAACACUUAUGUGAUAUUAUUGUUUACAUUUUCAUAGUACAUCUAGAAGCAAUGGUUGUAAAAAGCAAGUUUUGCUGCUUGCGUUUUGUGUAAAAUCACUUUUUCCUUGCAUUUUUUUUUAGUGAAAUUCAGAGGAACCAAUUUUUUGCAUGUUUAAGACCAUGUGUCAGACAGUUGCAAGCACAUCUUACCUAUUCUGCUUACUCACAAAGCCUUGACUGAGAGAAUAAAGGUGUUUGUAUUCUGACAAGUUUAUACAUAGACAACCAUUUUAUACAUAUGUAUAUAAUACAUAUUUAUUUAUAACAUUUUUAUUCACAUAGUUUUAAAUGUUAUAUUUACUAUACUUUGAUUGCCAGUUCAAUUUUUAAUAACCUUUAUAUUAAUUUUUAAUAUGAUGCACACAUUUCAUGGAUUUUGACUAUUUUAUUGAUACAAUUGUUCAAAAGUUGCAUAAUAAAACAGUGUAAAAAGAGUGCUAGAUUAUGUGUGCUCGUUAUGAUUCUGUAUCCAGAAACUUGUCAGGUCUGCAUGUGUGCAAGCGUGUGUGUGUGUGUGUGCAUUCGUUUAUUUGUGCAUGAGUAAUGUUAAUGUUUGCUUGUGUAUAAGUUGUUGCAGAUUGGAAAUAUCUGCCGACUUACAUAAAAUACGCACCAAAUAGCUUCAAGAACUCUCUGGAUAAUAGUUCAAGAUGUAAAAAUUAAACCAACUAUUUUUUUUUUUCAUUCACAAUUUGACCAUUUCCCAAACUCAGAAAAUAUCCACACAAAAAACAUUCACACAAGAAAAACUCUGGAAAUGACAUAUUAAAUGACCCAUCUUAAUUAACACCAAUAACAUAAACAAAAUGUUAGUCACUGAAACUUUGACACGAAAUCAUUAUUUUCAUUCCAAACGUUUGCAUAUGUAGCAUCACUACUAAACAGACUUCUUAGUCCUGUUUGCCCCCACUGGAGCAUAGGACUGCAAACAAAUCAAUAAACAGAACCCAAAGAAAUAACAGAUCAAUAAAAACAAUUCGAAGUUGCACAGUAGUUGACAUGAUCGUUGGUAGAAUAUGGAGGAAAUAAUGUCGUGUUUAACAUUUGUUUUUCUCUGUACCUCCCAGAUGUUUGUCUGUUGAAAGAAAAUAAGACUUUUAAACUAAAUGCAGAACAAAUUAAAUGUAUUUUACUUUUCUUGUUUUACCUCUCCCCUCACCAGGCAGUCACAUUGUGUUUUUUUUGUUUGUUUUUUGUUUGUUUUUUUAAUAUAAAGUCGUGAAAUUAUAUAUUUUCAGAUAAACUCAUAAAAUUCAUAUAAUCAGCCAAGCUUAUUAUAAAUUUCUGCAAUUUCAUAUUAACAAGUGCGCUAAAUUCCUCAAUCUUGUAUUUCCUAUUUAACUGCAGAAUAAAAAUUCUUAAGUCUGGCUGUUUCUUCUCUAUUUUACAUUUAUAGAUAAAAAACUUUGCUUCUAGUAGUAUAUUCUCUAAUGUCUUAUCUAUUGGACAGUUUGCUUCAUAUCCAAAUAGUAUUACAGAUUGGUUAAGUGCUAAUUUAUUAUUUUUAGAGCAUUUUUCCCUUAUUGCCUUUCCUAGGCUUGUCCAAAAUAGUUUGGUUGCCUUACAGCGCCAAAAUAGAUGUUCAAUUGUCUCCCUUUCGUUGCCCCAGAAAGUGCAUUUAUUAUUAACUUCUAUCCCCAUAUAUUCUGCCAGGGAGUUUGUACCUAGAAUUCUGUGUGUAAUUCUGCACUGAAACCAUCUCAGUUUAAUAGAUUUUAUGAGCAAAUAAGCUGAAAAUGUUGAUAGAGCAUUAUCUGAUGAAUUAUGUGCAAUUGCACAAAUUUUCAGUUCGCACCACCCACCUUGCCACUGGCUGAUUCUUUGGCCAGUGCUUUGGUCUUUUCUAACGAAGCCAAAAGAUGGCCAUCAAUUUUCAGGUCGGAUAUUGUUGAUUUGGUCCAAGGUGUGCACAAGAUUGCAUGAUUCAGGAAUGUUGUGCCGGAUGAUGAGCGGAAGGCACAAUCUGAGCUCGCACACAUGAACACCUUGCUGUUCAUGGCUCCUGUCCCCAUCAGCUCUUUUCCCUUGUGGCAGUACACAAUGUGAUUCCUCAGGUGACUUAGCAUGCGAGCACUGUAGUUACAGUGACAACACUUGAUGGCGGUAUUUUCCUUUGCUUGAAUUCUUGGUUUUGGAAAGGAUACUUUCAUUGGAAUAAUCUCCUCUUCCUCAGCAUCUACUGGCUCUUGCUUGAUGACAACCUGAUCGAAACCUCCUGUUUCAGCAGAUAUUUCUGGAUUAGCGUUCCCUUGGGAGGUACCCUGUAUGCUACCUUCUGCAUCCAAACCACUGCAGGAAAGCUUCUCGUCUUAUGUCAGAGGACUCUUUGCGAGAAAUGCUGAGCUGUUUCUCUUCCUCCAAUGCAGUUUCUCCUUCCUGCUCACCAGCCUCUUCCAAUCUGCCUUCCUCGUGUUUGUCUCCCGCACUCAUUUUCUUCUGGAACUGCUUACACUUUUCCCCCCUUCUUUUCCACUUGAGGAUGAUUGUGCAGGGGAAGAGCUAUCCUCUGCUUUGAUUAAUGCCACAUACCUAGGAGCCUUGCCAAUGUGCUCGCGGUCUGAAUGAUCGUUCACCUCACUCUGACUUUCGCUGGUGAACGGGCAGUAGCCACAGUUCCAGUACAGGUUGAAUCGCAUUGGCUGCAUGCUGCUAGCAGAAGAUGGUGAAGGGCUUGGUGAUGACAUGGUGCUGGACAAAAUGCUUUGACUGGUUGAGCCCAGUAUACCGGAACCUGUUUCAUCAGGCUGAGGGGAACCUGCUGAGAAGACCUGGGUGAUGACUGGCCCGCUUAUCACAGCAGGUGAGGCAACAUGCGUGGUCUGUACAAUAACAGCUGGUGUGAAAGAGACUGGAUUAGAUGCUAUACUACUCUGCACUGUUUCCUCCGUACUCUCACUUGUGUUAUCUACCUCCAUGUCAAAAAUAUCAUAGUCUGAGGUUAAACUGCCCACAAGUUUCAUGUCUGUGUUGGUAGACUGUCCCUUGAUCUGAGAAUCAUCCAGCUUCCUCAGCUUGGCUGGAUUUUCUUUCUCAUGGCUUCCACCAUUAUUUCCUUUCUCUGUGCCAUCUUUUCUCUUUGGUCGAUUGUCGAGCCGUGUUGUGUUGGGAUUUUGGACACGCAAGUAAUCUGAGAGUAGAGUGCAGUACUGCAUCAAUGAUGCCAUUUCCUGAAACUCUGGGUGGGUAUGGAAGGAAUGCUGUAUGACAUCAGCCCUUGAGAAAGACUGAUACCGACAAUACUUGCAAUGAAAGCGAUGAUCCAUGAUGUGGGUUAUUAGCUGGUUCUUGUUAGAUGUAGAAAAUGAACAAAAGUUGCACCAGUAACAUUUAAUAUCAACCAAAGCCAUAAGCCGUCCCUCUCGACUUAAUAGCUGGGUGUUUGCGGAUACCCCACAAACCAUUUCAUGCUCUUGCACAUGAAAGUAUCUCCUCUGAUUCUUUGCUGCCAAUUUUCGUCUCCAUCACUGCCGAUGUAAAAUGUGACUUAUCUUUCUCAACCAUGUGACACCGCAAUGUUGGAGUCCUUGGUCUCAGAAUUCUGCCCAUAGGAAUACCAUCAUCACGUUCUCGGACGCUUCCUGAUGGCAACACUCUUCCUCUUUGUCCAAGCCCUGUGGAAAAUGCUGCU